AUGAGCGAGAUCACCAACUUCAAGGGCGUGGCGCAAAAGACCACCGCCGAGAGCCAGUCCGACGCGAUGGUGGCGACGCUGCUCAAGCGGGUCGGCGAACGCGUGCGCAAGGCGCGCGAGCUCAAGGGCAUUCCGCGCCGCGUGCUGUCGGAGAUUUCCGGCGUGUCGCCGCGUUAUCUGGCGCAGCUCGAAUCGGGCGAGGGCAACAUUUCGAUCGGCCUGUUGCAGAAGGUGGCGGUGGCGCUCGACUACCGGAUCGAAUGGCUUGUCGGCGCCGAAGACCCGUGGUCAUCGGACACGAUGCGGGUGGCCGAUUUGUUUCGGCGGGCGGGCUUUCACACGCGCCAGAAGGUGAUCGAUCUUCUGUCGCCAGACACCGAGACGGACAUGCGCGCCAGCCGCAUCUGCCUGAUCGGGCUGCGCGGCGCCGGCAAAUCGACGCUUGGCGCGAUGGCCGGCGAACGGCUCGGCGUGCCGUUCGUCGAACUCAAUCGCGAGAUCGAGGAGCAGAGCGGCAUGCCGGUCAACGAGCUGCUCGCCUUUUACGGGCAGGAGGGCUACCGCAAGCUGGAGGCCCAGGCGCUCGAACGGGUGAUCGCCACCCAUGAUGCGAUGAUCCUUGCCGUUGCCGGCGGCAUCGUCGCCGACCCGCAGACCUACAAUAUGCUGCUGGCGCAUUUUCACACGGUCUGGCUCAAGGCGGAGCCCGAGGACCAUAUGGAGCGGGUGCUGGCGCAGGGCGACACGCGGCCGAUGGGCGGCAAUCCCGAGGCGAUGGAUCAGCUCAAGUCGAUCCUGACCAGCCGAGAGGCGUUAUACGGCCGUGCCUCGUCGCAGGUCGACACCAGCGGCCGCAGCCUCGAGGAGACGCUCGACGACUUGAUCGGCGUCAUCGGCGAGCGGGGAUUUUUGCGGUAG